UUGUGUGGACCUUGCGAGGAGCCCAAUCUUCCCCCCACUUUGGUACCACGCUCUUCUGCUGCCUGCCUGCUUUACCCACCAGCCCUCGUGCCCGCCCGCCCGCCUGCCUGCCUGCCUGCCACUCUUCUCCUCCGCUACCUCCACUCUGCAGGCAAGAAAAGACAGAAGCAAAAGACAGUGAGAAAAAAAAGUGAGACAGACGCAGUCAGACACAGACAGAAAGAAAGUUUGGGGCUUAAAGUUUGAGGCACUGAGCACUUUUUAGAAAAACAAAACAAAAAAAACAGAUCUCACAAGUCCGCAACUUGUGUUCACUUUUUCUUAGACAAGAGGGCCCCUGGAAAGAGCGGGGGGAAAAAAACAGAAGAAAAACCUCACAGACGAAAAGAUGAUUACUCUGCUUCCCCUUGCGAUGCUGGCUCUGAGCCUGGCCAGCAGUGCACAUGGACAGGCCGGCAGCGCUAUCUACACUACAGACACUACUCCCGAGCUCACGGUCGUGACCGACUCCCCCAACUUGGUGGCGACCCGCGGAGGCAACCUGACCCUGCCAUGCCGCCUGCAGCGCAGCACUUUCUUCCACUUUGGCAACGCGGGCAUGAGGGUGAAGUGGACCAAGUACAAUGCCGACUUCACGCAGGAGACCGACGUGUUCGUGUCCAUGGGCUUCCACAAGAAGGCCUACGGUAACUUCGAAGACCGUGCCUACCUGCGCGAGGCCGACGACAACGACGCCACCCUCAUCAUCACCAACGUGGGUCUGGACGACUACGGCAAGUACAAGUGCGAGGUCAGCGACGGCAUGGAGGACAACGUUGAGGAGGUCACCGUGGAGCUCCAGGACAAGGGAGUCGUCUUCCCGUACUCACCCAGGCUUGGCCGCUAUAACCUGAACUUCCACAAUGCUGAGAAAGCCUGCAUGGACCAGGAUGCUGUGGUGGCCUCCUUCGAGCAGCUCUACGACGCCUGGCAGGACGGCCUGGACUGGUGCAACGCUGGCUGGCUGAACGACGGCUCUGUGCAGUACCCCAUCACCAAGCCCAGGGAGCCUUGUGGUGGCGCGGCCAGUGCUGGUCUGAGGAACUAUGGCAAACGCGACAAAUACGCCCACUACUUUGACGUCUUCUGUUUCGCUGGCUCCCUGAGAGGUCGUUUUUACUGGCUGGUGCAGCCCGACAAGCUGACCUUUGCAGAGGCCGUGCAAGCCUGCCAGGAUGACGGUGCCGAGAUUGCCAAGGUGGGACACAUGUACGCAGCUUGGAAGCUGCAGGGCUACGACCGUUGUGAUGCCGGCUGGCUUGCCGAUGGCAGUGUGCGUUACCCCAUCUCCAACCCCAGGAGUAACUGCAGCCCGACAGAGGCUGCGGUGCGCAUGGUCGGCUUCCCCGACAAGAAGCAAAAGCUUUACGGCGUUUACUGCCACAAAGCUUAGUGAGAACUGCGCAAAAAAGAAGAAGAAAAAAACAGAUAUUGCGAAGGUUCGACCAUAACAACCAAAGAAGCAACACAACAACACGUUUUUUAAAAAGUACACAAUGGACUAUAAGCAUGAACUAGCAUUAUUUCACCAAAACUGUGAUAACCUUUUUAUUAUACAUACAGUAUAUAAAUCUGAGUUGAACACUCGGAUAUUGUAUAAGAUACUUUCUAUACUGUAACAUUCCACAAAUUCAUGUGUUUAAAGAAAACAAUUUAUUGAAAAAGCUAACCUUACAUAUUUGAUUUUAAAAAUUUGGACAUUUUUAUACAACUAUGCAACAUCUGCAAUUCAAUUGAACUGUUGGUAGGUUGACACAGCAGGCUAGCUAGCUAUGAUGUGUCAGAGUAACUCAUUGAGGCACAUUUCCUGUCUUUAAGAUCCGAAAAAGCCACUGUCUGAUCAGAAUGACUGAAAUCCAAAUUGUUUUUCUACAUUUUUCCGUUUUCUAUUGGCCCAGUGUGUAACUAUUUCUUUGUUUGUCACUCACACUUUUCUUGUCUAUUUUCCAUUGACUGCUUUUCAAUGUAAUUUUGAAAUUUAUAAACUGUGAUCAUGUGUUUGAUGUACCUGCUUGAAAUUUAAGAUGAAUGUAUGUGUCCGAAUGCCUAUUUCGUGAUAAGUAGUUGAUUCUUCAUUUUUUAUGGAUAAUCAUAGUUACCAAGUGUUUCCCUCCAGCUAAUGUUUUAAAACACUUUGUAUGGCCAUCUUUUUAUUCGUUCUUUUACUUUUCUCGUGUUCUUUGAUUGUGACAUUGUUUUGUAUUGUGUAAUUACAUUUUAAAAAAUGUCCUCAUACAUAGAUUUAUGUAAGAAUGCCUCAUACAUCCACGUCACAGAUGCCCCAAUAUGAUUGGUCAAAAUUGAGUCUUGAGCCUAUUCGCUAAUUAAUGCUAAGCUAAAAACUCUGUUUAGGCGCUAGUUAGCAUGAAGCACUGAUAGCCCACACAGCUGCCGUACGUCUACUACGUCUCAUAUUUGGUAUGUACAGCCAUAUCAGAAACAGAACAUUGAUAUGUUUACAACGACAAACGAAAAAAUAACAGCUGCAGCUGUAUCAACCUUAACACUGGACACCUGCUUCCAAGACAGGAAAAAAAGACUGCCCAGAAAGACAACGGAUUUCUGCCAAUGACAAACUGCUGCAUGGUAAAACGUCUUACAAGGCAUUCAGUAGGCACUUGAAAUAUACCCAAAAUCAAGUUGCUGGAGGGGAACUGUGCUUUAAGAAUGUUCAGUAAAACCUUUGUAGCUAACACCACCAUAUCAUUCAAUAACUCAUAGCCCAGUCAUACAAGACUCUCAGUAGGCUAUACAGAGAUUAUUUGUCAAGUGCCUGUUGGACUGUAAGAGACAGUGCAGCUGAAGAAGCUGUUUGGCACUCCAUUGUGGCUGCCAUUUACCUAAAGCCAACUAGAGAUUAGAAAAAAAAGGGAAAACGAACGCGGAGUCUGACUGAGACAUGAGACAUAAAAGGGAAUGUUGAACUUUGUUUAACGACUUUAUAAAUUCAUUAACACUAAAGAAUUUUUCUUAAAUUUCACAUUCUUUUUUUACCAGUGAUGUGUGAAUGAUGUUAGAAUUUGGAUAUACAGUGCUGUUACCACUAGCAACUGUUGUCAACAGACAGCAGUUUGGCUUACAUCUCCACAAUACAGAACUCGGUAACACAUCUGCAAGUGCAUAGUGCUUUCUAUGUUGUUUUAGUAACUGUAGCUAUGAGUUGUACUGGUCAGAUGCAUAGCGUAAAAAAUCCUGUAAUUGGAAUGUCCUUUUUUCUGUACCACAUGGAGUAUGUGAUUGCGAUUCCACUUUGCCAUAAAACCACUGUAUUUUCUACUAUCUAAUUUCAGUGGUGAAAACCAUAGAAUGUUGGCCCACCCAGUAAAUUCGAACUACUGCUUUGUGUUAACAAUGUUUUCCAAAGUCAUGUUUCCUUGAUCCCAUCUCCGAAACAGAAAAUAAAGCCCUUCGAUUUGAAAUUUGA